AUGACCAACAUGAGCUGGAGCUUCCUGACGCGGCUGCUGGAGGAGAUCCACAACCACUCCACGUUCGUGGGCAAGGUGUGGCUCACCGUGCUGGUGGUCUUCCGCAUCGUGCUCACGGCCGUGGGCGGGGAGUCCAUCUACUCAGACGAGCAGACCAAAUUCACGUGCAACACGCGGCAGCCGGGCUGCGACAACGUGUGCUACGACGCCUUCGCGCCCCUGUCGCACGUGCGCUUCUGGGUCUUCCAGAUCGUGGUCAUCUCCACGCCGUCCGUCAUGUACCUGGGCUACGCCGUGCACCGCCUGGCGCGCGCCUCGGAGGACGAGCGCCGCCGCGCGCCUCGCCGCCGCCCCGGCCCUGGCCACCGCCCGGCCCGCGCGCCUCUGCCACUGCCCCCGCCGCCGCACCCCGGCUGGCCCGAGACUGCCGGCCUGGGCGAGGAGGAGCCAAUGCUGGGCCUGGGCGAGGAGGACGAGGACACGGGGGUGGCCGAUGGCCUAGGCGAAGAGGCCCAGGCGGAGGACGCGGGCAUGGCCAAGGGCGCGGGCACUGACGGCAAGGCGUCGGGGGCCCCGGGUCCGGUCGGGCAGCACGACGGGCGGCGGCGCAUCCAGCGCGAGGGCCUGAUGCGCGUGUACGUGGCCCAGCUGGUGGCGCGGGCUGCCUUCGAGGUGGCCUUCCUGGUGGGCCAGUACCUGCUGUACGGCUUCGAGGUGCGGCCCUUCUUCGCGUGCAGCCGCCAGCCCUGCCCGCACGUGGUCGACUGCUUCGUGUCGCGGCCCACGGAGAAGACCAUCUUCCUGCUGGUCAUGUACGUGGUCAGCUGCCUCUGCCUGCUGCUCAACCUGUGCGAGAUGGCGCACCUGGGCCUGGGCAGCGCGCAGGACGCGGUGCGCGGCCGCCGGCCACCGGCUGGCCCCCCGGGCCCCGCGCCGCGCGCGCCGCCCUGCACGCUGCCCGCCUCGCCCGCCGGCCUAGCCUGCCCGCCAGACUACAGCCUGGUGGUGCGCGCAGCUGGGCGCGCGCGCUCGCACGACCAGGACCUGGCCAGCCUGGCGCUGCAGGCGCUGCGGGACGGGCACGCGAUGGGAGACCGCGACAGCCCGCCGUGCCCCGGCCUCCCCGCUGCUGCCCGGGGGCCCCCACGGGCUGGCGCCCCCGCCUCCGGCUCGGGCAGCGCCACGUCGGGGGGCACGGGCCCGGGCGGGGGCCAGGCCAGGCCGGGCGCCAAGCCCAGGGCGGGCUCAGAGAAGGGCAGUGCCAGCAGCAGGGAGGGCAAGACCACCGUGUGGAUCUGA